AUGGCAGACCUCGACGCUGGAAAACCUCUUCUUCUCGACUUCGACUCUCAUUCGCCAGAUAUCACUGCCAAAGACGUGACAAGUGUAUCGUUGCGGGCUCUCGAGGACGGCGAAGACGAUUUCGAGACGGUAGAGUUGCGGCCCAGUCCCAGUGUCAUUAAGAGGCUGUUGAUGGCCGUACGGAGGAGGAAUGUCGGAUUGGGCCUGGGCAAAGAGGACGGGUUUGAUCGGGUGAGGUUUCCGCUUGAUCCGAAGGAGAAAAGUGUUAGGAGGGAGUGGAGGAUAAGGAGGUGUGGGAUCAAAACGGUGUUGGGGCUGCCACUGCUAGUAGUGGUGUUUUUUGGCAUCGUUCAUAUCUCUAAUGUUCUCAUGAGCCUGGUAAACGUCAUCAGAGAUGAUGCCAUCACUUACUCACACGACUUCCUCCCUCUUGAUCAGUACCAAAACGGCGACUACACCGGCCUCACACGGAAUGUGAAACCUAUUCACUGCCACUCGCACAACGACUACUGGCGCCGCGUUCCCUUGUUCGAGGCCCUCCGCUGGGGCUGCACCGGCGUCGAAGCAGAUGUUUGGCUCUUUCCUGAGCGCUCCAACGAUCUUUUCGUGGGCCAUAGUACGCGCGACCUAAACAACGACCACACCUUCCGCUCCAUGUAUGUGGAUCACCUUAUGCGGAUUGUCGAUCAGCAAAAUACCCCCAACACCCAGUUCCAGACCGUCUCGACUGGAGCCAAGAACGGCGUCUUCGAAAUGGACCCAAAACAGACCCUAGUUUUACUUGUUGACUUCAAGAAUGACGGACAUGCUCUAUAUCCCGUUGUCUCGGAGCAGCUCGAGCCGCUGAGGAAGAAAGGAUACCUGUCCUACUACGAUGGCAAGACCCUCAUCUCCGGUCCCAUCACCAUCGUCGCAACUGGAAACGCUCCCUUUGACCUCGUAACACGCAACACCACCCACCGCGAUAUCUUCUUCGACGCGCCUCUCUCUGCCCUCUCACCACUUUCGUCACAGACCACCAGCCGCGACGUCAAGCGCGCUGGCGGCCAAGGCACCGUCGGGACCACCCCACUCUCUACCUUCGACCUAACAAAUUCCUACUACGCCUCCGUCGACUUUAAGAAGGCUAUCGGGUGGUGUUGGUUCGGGCGCCUGUCGUCUUCUCAGAAGGAGCUGCUCAGAGCGCAGAUUCGAGCGGCGAAGGAAAGAGGGCUGAAGAGUAGAUACUGGGGGGCGCCUAGUUGGCCUGUUGGAGUGAGGAAUAUGGUGUGGCGUGUGCUGGUAGAGGAGGGCGUGGAUUACCUUAACGGGGACGAUCUAAGGGAGAUGACGAAGGGAGAUUGGGGUGCCAAGGUACAUGGAAGUUGGAUGGGAUAG